AUGAAGCUUUCUGGCGCUGAUAGAAUCAAGAUCGUCUGCGAUCCCUUCUGGACCUCGAGCGCGAGAGGGACCAAGAUAAGCAGCAGCAGGACGUACGACGUUCUUGACCUUCUUGUGCCUGAGAAGGGAACCUGGAAACUCUCACUCUCUAUGGGACCGGACGAAAGAAGUCUUGUGUUGAAGCGAUCGAUGGUCCCGGAGAGCGUUCUUGGCGUAAGCCCACCGCAGCCAAUCGUCUUGAAGAUGCACUUUAGUCGAUCUCACGGCUGUUUCUUGGUUGAAGUCAACAAGGAAACCGAGUCGUUGCAUGACGGUCUUGGCCUCGACAAAGACGGCACCUUUGUGGCACUCACAGCCGAGUUCGAGCAGGCUCUGGGAAGAAGGAUCGAGCAAAGGCUGGCACCUAGUAUUCAAGAUAGCGUUGGAUGCAGCCAGAAUAAACGUCGCUCUGGUUAUAUGACCGGGGGCGGGGCUCGCAGGCGCGCCAUCGGUAAGAUGAAACCACAGUACACCCGUCUGCCGCCCAUCAAAGGUCCGCCUGCUCGUCGCCGUCUCGAAACGCCUCCAAGAGACCUGGAGGUGGAAGAGGACAUGGAGUCCCUCAACCCAGUGUCUGAUUCUGAGAGUUACUAUUCGACGGACACAUCAAGAGAGUCGUCCGUCAGCUUGGGAGCGUUCGCCCAGCUUUCAGGUGGCAGGGGGCAGCUUCGACAGCAAUUCUAA